AUGGGUCUCUGGUCAGAAUCAUCUCCUCUCUCGAACGCACGACGGAACAGCGAUUCGGACUCGGUGACGAUGCCGACGUCUUUCAUGACGGGCUCGAUCGUGGGGAAGAGGUUUUACAAGAAGGUGACGACGAGAGAUGCAGACGAUGGGAAUGGAUGGACUGUGAUGCUCGAUUACAGAACACUCAUAACUCCUUCUAAGAGACCUCUCAAGCUUCCUUCUUUGGCUCUCGCCAAGGCCAUCGCAGCUGAUUGGGAGUAUCAGCUAGCAGAAGGAAUCAGACCAUUCACAAUGCCGCUGAUGAAACUAGCAUGUACUGCACUUGAAAGAGUUCCUCUUACACGCCCAAAGAUUAUUGAGCACAACUGA